UUCAGAGAGUGAGACGCUCCCGAAAAAAGCGCUCCCAUAGUUUAGCAACCAAUAAGAAAAAGAAAAAGAAAAGGAAAAAGAAAUCCCAAGAACAAAAAUAAGGAAAAGGGUCCAAGAAAGUGAAAGAAAAAACAGGUCCCCUCCCUUGUUCUUUCCAAACCCACAGCAAAUAGAGAAAAGAAAAAUCUAAUGCCCCGAAAGUCGCUUUCUCAGCCUCAGAAGAAUAAUUUCAGGGUGUUUGGAAACAUGGCGUUGGUUGUUCCAAAGGAGCUUGAAGAACUCGAAAAGCCUUCUUCUUUGUCUUCUCCAAAGCCAUUUGAGAUCCGAUUUCAAGUCCCCGAUUUUAGUGUUCUCCUUAGAGAUUUCUUGAGGAUUAGGGAAGUUGGUGAGUUUCUUAGCGGAGCUUUAGCAGGGGCUAUGACCAAAGCUGUACUUGCUCCUCUAGAGACUAUCAGGACCAGAAUGGUGGUUGGUGUUGGAUCCAAAAACAUUUCUGGUAGUUUUAUUGAGAUCAUUGAGCAGCAAGGUUGGCAAGGACUGUGGGCUGGAAAUGGAAUUAAUAUGCUUAGAAUAAUUCCCACCCAGGCAAUUGAGCUUGGAACAUUUGAGUAUGUCAAGCGAGCAAUGACUUCAGAACAAGAGAAAUGGAAUCAGAUUGAGCGCCCAAAGUUGCAAAUUGGUCAUGUUAAUAUCAACUUUUCUCUUUCCUGGAUUUCUCCAGUUGCUGUGGCUGGUGCAGCUGCUGGAAUUGUUAGCACACUUGCAUGCCAUCCUCUUGAAGUUCUUAAGGAUAGGCUGACUGUCAGUCCCGACAUAUACCCUAGCUUAAGCAUUGCAAUUAGCAAGAUUUACAAGGAUGGUGGUGUUGAUGCCUUUUACGCUGGUAUCUCUGCUACACUAAUGGGCAUGCUUCCUUAUAGUACAUGUUACUAUUUCAUGUAUGAAAAAUUAAAGAGAUCCUACUGCCAAUCAAAGAAGAAAAAAUCUCUAAAUCGUCCAGAGAUGCUUCUACUUGGAGCUCUUGCAGGCUUUACCGCGAGCACCAUCAGCUUUCCCUUGGAAGUUGCUAGAAAACGGCUGAUGGUAGGAGCUUUGCAGGGUAAAUGUCCACCAAACAUGGCAGCAGCACUUGCUGAAGUGAUUCGGGACGAGGGCUUGACAGGUCUUUACAGAGGGUGGGGUGCUAGCUGUUUAAAAGUGAUGCCCUCCUCUGGUAUCACCUGGAUGUUCUAUGAAGCUUGGAAAGACAUAUUACGUGUUGAGAAGCGCAUAUUAUGAUGGCGCCAGAAAAAACUUCACAUAGCUAACUAGUUGAGACUGAUGUUGGGCUCCUCUUUUAAAGUGCAAGAGGUUGCUGCUAGCAUGGUAGUUUAUGGAAGCUCUGGAACUCAAUCCGAGGGCUGAUGUUAUUUAUGGAACCAUUUCACCUACAAUUUUUUUUUAUUACAAAUCUAGAAUUAGUCAAUUAUAAUAAAGAAUUAUGCAAGAAUUCACUACUUAAAAGUGAGUUCUACUUGAUUUUUUGUAAAUCUUACAAAAUAUUAAAUUAUAAUUAUUUAAUUGUACUACAAUAAUUGUAAAUGAUAUGGUUCCUGUAUUUAUGAGAAUGAGCUGCCAGUUUUUA